UCAGAUAAGGACGUGUGUAAAAUGUUUUCAAAAGUUUUUUAUUUUAUUGUUUUCGUAUUGACAUUGGUUUUGGAAGUAAGAACCCAAGCCGGGGGUAUGGGCGGCAUGAUCAUAGACUACGCAGAGGCAUUCGACCAGGAACUGUACGAGAGCGUCAUAGAUGAGGAAAAGUGUGACGAACAGUUGGAGUUUUUGUCCAACAACAGUGAUGUGUCUAUGCUUUUUCAAGACGCAACUGGAAAAAUCCCAACAGGCUUCCUUUCGGGAAACCUGGCCGACCUGGGGGACUACCACCAAUGUCUGGGCAUACGACACGUCGACCGAGACAUGGAGAUAGAUGGCAAAUACUGCAUGAUGCAGUAUCCUUUAAAACAAAUGCAAGAAAAUGCCACUGAUGCACCUGACGACACCACGAUACCGCCGAAUAUUGAGUUUCCCAAUAUUAGUGAUAUUUUUCCUCCGUUGAGUAACAGGACACUGGAAGACAUAAAACAGUAUCGAAUGGUGCAAAGAUAUGCUCAAGGAAUUUCUGGCGCCGGAGGUCCUUUUGUUUCACGGGUGAUUCCCGUCAAUUUUGCAUCAGCGAUGAAAAUGACGAUCGGCACCUGCGUGCCCAAGGUCUGCCGUGCCAAGCAAGUGGUGAAGUACUUCCAGCAGAAGUACUUGGGGAACACUGAUUGGAGAGACAACAAUGUGACUGUGGAGGAGUUCUUUUGUCGGCUACCCAACGACAGGCCCUUCAGUAUUGCUGACUACUUGGCUAUUGGAAUAUUCUCCCUGAUCGGUGCGAUCACAGUUCUCAGUACUUCAUAUGAUCUGUUUCAAAAGUUCGCACUGAAGAAAAAGAGUUCUGAAGUGAGCACUCUGUACCGCAGCUUCUCCGUGUACACGAACACGCGGCGGUUCCUCACGUUCAGCCAGCCGGCCGGGUCCCUGGAGUGCGUGGACGGCAUCCGCGCCGUCUCCAUGCUGUGGGUCAUCUUCGGCCACACCUACUGCCUCACCAUGCUCACCUUCGUGCAAAACGUUCAAGCGGUCAAGCAGUGGCUAACCUCCUUCACGAGCGUGUGGGUGAACUCGGCGCCUAUCACAGUGGACACGUUCUUUCUUCUCAGCGGUGUUCUGUGCGUCUAUACCGUUGUUGGGAAAAUUACUCGAUGGCGCUUCAUAACCUCUCUCCACAUGUUCUACCUGUACCGUAUUCUCCGGAUCCUGCCUCUGCUGGCCGCCGUCAUCCUGCUGCAAGCGUCGCUGUUCCACCGCAUGUCGGACGGGCCCAUGUGGCUCAACAUGGGGCACAUGGUGCUCAUGUGCAGACGGAGGUGGUGGUCCGCGCUGCUGCAUGUUCAGAACUAUGUCAAGCCUAUGGGAAUUUGCCUAUAUCAAACCUGGUACCUCUCAGUGGACCUGCAGCUCUACCUGUUCAGCCCUGCUGUGCUGGUGUGGCUGUUUGGAAGCCAGGCUGUGGCGUGGUGCGCGCUCGGCACCAUCAUCAUGGUGUCUCUCGUCCUGUCCACCACUUUCAGCUUCUUGUACAACUAUUCUGCCGCUCUCGCUAACCCUGGUCGCGUGGACCAGUUCGGCGACUACUUCACGGACUACUACAUCAACACGCUGACGCGCGCGCCGCCCUUCUUCGUCGGCAUGAUGUACGGCUACCUGCUGCUGCGGUGCAAGGGGAGGAAGAUCCGCAUUAACAAGAUACUCGUGUGGGUGAUCUGGGUAAUGGCCUUCCUGCUGAUGGCGUUCUGCAUCUUCACCACGUACCCCGUGAUGCAGGAGGACUUUCACCUGCAGGCGCUCGACAACUUCCUCAACUCCUACAUGCGCGCCAUCUGGGCGCUGGCGGUGGGCUGGCUGAUCUUCGCUUGCGUCCACGGUUAUGGAGGCCCCAUAAACUGGUUCCUGUCGCUGCAGAUGUGGAAGCUGCCGGCGCGGCUCUCGUACGCCAUGUACCUCACCCACUACCCCAUCAUGAUGGUGUCCAACGGCAGCAUGGUGGGCACGCACUUCUUCACCGAUGGGAACACGAUAUAUCGCGCCUUGGGGGACCUGGCGUUUGCAACCAUCGCAGCAUUCGUGCUAUCCAUUACGAUCGAUGCGCCGUGCUCCACUUUACAGAAGUUACUUCUAGGGGGAGCAGGAAAGAAGAAACCUGAAGAGAAGGUGAAAGUAGAAUCUCAGAACAAUGAAGAAAAAAAGGAACCUGAAGAGAAGAUGCAAGAUGAAAAAACCAAUUUAUAGAUACGAUAGUUAAAUUGCAUGGACCCUUCUAGAUUAGAGCAGAACGAGGAUGAAGUGUUAGUUUAUAUGUAUACUGUAGUGUUUGUGUAUACUAAAUAGAUACCUACAAUACUACAUACACUAUCUCAUGUGCAUUGGUAGGACUACACAAGUACACACCUAUAAUAACACCUCGCCUAACUAAUGAGGUAUAAAAUGUUUAUAUAGUUUUAACAAAAGACUGAAAACUUGUACAUAAAAGGCGUAUCUUUUACAUAAUUAUAAGCUUAGUGUAUAAUAUUUUUAUUAUUUCCCUUAAAACUUUUCAAAUUUUUUUUAUGACUGGAAGGUGUUCCGGAUUUGAUUGAUUUGAUUUGAUUUGCAAUUUAAUUUAGAGCUUAAUAUCUUUUAAAUUGGCUCAGGUCUGGUCAAAUGGUAGGUUGCCAUUGAUAGCAAAUAUUAUUUGCUAUUGAUUCAACAAUAAUUGAAUGUUUAAAAAUUAAUAAAAUAUAAUCUUCGUAUUGCGCCCUUAUAAAAUUAAGUUGUACAUGUAUAAUAUAAUCUAAUUUAAUGUAUUUUGAUUAUAAUAUUAUUAAAUUUAUAUAAAGUUACUUACACAAUUUAAACACUGUAAAUGAAUGUGAGUAAUAAAAUUUGCAUGCCAGUAUUUGGUGGAUUGUAUAGCCAAUUGUAACAAAUUAUUGUCAAU